GUUGGGAUAACUCAAUAUCGAUGUUGUGCCGUUGCCGUAUCCUAGCAACAACCGCAACGAUUGUAUCACGCUUCAAGAAUGGAAUAGUGCGUUCGUAGCGUGCGUACGCUCGCGUUGUUUUCGACGAAACAGUUUCGAUCACGGGGACUCAUUGUGAUCGUCUGGUCCGUUCGUGCGACAAGUGAACGAAACGAAGAAAAUGAUAUCGGGGAAACGAUAGCGGCAACAAUUAUGGCGGGAAGAGGUUUCUGCGUAAAAGUACAAUUGGAUCUGCACGCCAUAACGUGUCCCGGUGUGUGGCUAUGCCCUAACGGCAACGUAGCUUUGCGAAUAACCAGCCUCGGUUCCACCCUACAAUCUCACAGAGUAUCACCGAUUUUUCCAUUAUUAUUUCACAACGAGUUUAACUUUAAGAAAACGUUCACACGGCUGGCUGCUUUGACAGAGUUGCAACGGAAUUUGGAGAAGGAGCCUCUCUACGCGGAAUUGAUACAGUGGCUUAGCCCGUGUAACCAGGUUAUCGUGUUGGCCACGUUCGAAACGAAUUUGUCGGAUGUCUUAUACCCGGUGUCUCACUAUAAAGGUUUAAUGCCCGGCGUGGACGUUGAUUUGCUCAUGGAUCCGACGAAAUAUUUCCCCGGCAUUAUAGCGCCGAAAAUUGAGAUCUCGACGAAAACUGUGAUAGAAGAGGUGUCGGAUGCUUUCGACGUAAACAUCGACAGAGCAUACGUGAUCAAUCCAAAAACUAUCAACUCCAAGAGAACAUCGUGCGUUCAUAGGAAGCGACCAGUCAAGGGUAUCAUCAGACAAAGAAGAGUUUGUCACAGUCGAGCAAAGCCUCGAGUUCAAGUGUGUAGAGCCGAGUCGAGCAACAUAGAAUUCUCAUGCGCGAACCAACAGUCUCGAGUCGACGAAUGUUAUCAUCCGACGAGUAGAAUCCAUCGUGGAGGUGCCACUAUUUGUGGAGAGGCGCACAUGUUCGACAGCUGUCCCGUUUGCAUGAAGUACAAGUGUUACUUUUCCUGCGAGUGCAACGAUGAACGCAAACAGAUUUUGGACCCCGUCGAAUCUCUAGAAUCAUCCAGUACCUGUCGGUGUUGUGGCUGCGGUGCCCUGGAGGCGACAUCCACAACACAGCCAAAGAGUAUCCAAUACCUUCGGAAGAACGAAAAAUCCAGUUACCCGGGAAAGGACAGAGAGAAUAUUUCAGAAUGCGAUGUUUAUACGCAAGAUCGAAUCGAGGCGAGUCAAGGUUUUUACAAAAAUUUGGAACGGUUCUACAAACGAAUGUAUAAGCAGGCAAAGCUUCGCGCGCAGGAAGCCGAAGAGCGAACGUGAUCGCAACGUGAAUCGACCGAUCGGUAAAUUAAACUAAACAUUCUCGUAACAUUAUCGACGAACAGUAAAUGUAAUAUUUACAGAAACGAAUAAACUGUCGAAAUGUACGAAAAGAUGAUCGUUGCUUUUCACACACGUGCAGGUGUC